AUGACCAACACUGCAGACCGCUACUACACGCCCACCGACUACGGGGCGGCACACUACGAGUCGACACCGGCUGGCCAGUCCAUUCCCGUCGUCAUUGUCGGUGCUGGCCCAGUAGGCCUCGCUACUGCUCUGGGCUUGGCCCAGCGUGGUAUCAAAGUCUCGGUGGUGGACAGUGGGACUUCGGCGUCGUACGGCUCGCGCGCCACUUGUUACUCGCGCCACACAGUCGAGAUCUGUGACCGUUUAGGCUAUGGGAGCCAAGUUGAGAAACGCGCACUGGGGUGGGUGGGCGGGCGUAGCUACUACCAGUCCCAGGAAGUCCUCAAUUUCCAGAUGCCACAGGAUGAGCAUAAUUACCGCAUGCCCAUGUUCAACCUCCAGCAGUGCGAGUAUGAGGAUAUCCAGUUGGCCAAGGUCGUGCAGGAACCUAACAUCACCAUGCUGUGGGGUUCAAAGGUCAAGGGACUCGAGGCGGACGACAACGGCGUAACGGUGACUGUGGAUAUGGUUGAUGGUGAACGCACCCUGCGCGCCGAUCGCGUCGUUGCUUCAGACGGCGGUCGCAGUGUCAUUCGCGACCUCCUCGGCCUCACCCUCAAAGGUACUGCCUAUGAAGGUCGGUACGUUAUUGCCGAUAUCCACUGGAAGUCCAAGUUACCCACCGAGCGGCGUGUGUGGUUUGACCCACCUUCCAACCCCGGCUCCACGAUUAUUAUGCACAAGCAGCCCGACGAUAUCUGGCGCAUCGACUACCAACUCCUCGAGGGUGAGGAUGCUGAGAAAGAGACGACUCGUGAGGCCAUCAUCGAGCGUAUUACCAAACACCUCUCGUGGCUCGAGGACAACGGAACCAUCACCAAGGAACCAUGGACGCUUGAGUGGCACUCUUUCUACAAGGCUCUCGCACUUGCCCUACCCUCCUUCGUCCACGGUCACGACCGUGUCAUCUUUGCCGGCGACGCCGCUCACAUGGUGCCUAUCUUUGGUGUCCGUGGCCUCAACUCGGGCAUGGAGGAUGCCGACACGCUCGCAUGGAUGCUCGCGGCCGUUUCUCACGGCGAUGCCGACCCAAAGCUUCUCCACGCAUACUCGCAGGAACGCCACGACGCCUGGGAGCAAAACAUUGCCAACGCAGGCAAGUCGACUCUGAUCAUGACCCCCGGCACGGACGGAUACCGUAUUACUCGUGACGCUCUGCUCCAAGUUUCGGCAGUCAUUCCCGAGUUCAACCACCUCAUCAACCCUCGCCAGUCGAGUGCAACCCACGCACUCCGUUCGCCUCUGACUGUUGCGUCCUCUCACGAGGGUCUGCAAGUCGGUGCUCCGCUCGACGACCGCAAGAUCACCGUCGACGGAAAGGUCACUUCAAUUCACACUCUCCGUGGUCCUGCAUUCGGCGUAUAUGCCGUCGCGCCAUUUGACCAGAAGAAAGUCGACGCUAUCGCCGACCGCCUCCGCAAGGCUCUUCCCCACGAACCUACCAAGGUUCUCGCUUUGGUUGAGGGCUCGGACAAUGGCGCUGCGGCCGACUGGUGCGCCAAGCCAGGAGAGGUCGUCAUCGUGCGCCCGGACGGUAUCGUGCUUGCUCGCGGGCAGCCGGACGAGAUCCCGGCUGUCGAGUUGUGGGUUAAGCGUGGCAUUGCCGAGGCUCCUCGGGCCGGAACUCCGCCCGCCGCCGACCCCAUCCUUCUUUCCAAGGAGCAGAUUAACCGCGAGAAAGUGUGGCUCCAGCUUUCCGAGGCACUUGACCAAACACACGACAAGUACAAGUUCCUCACCCAGCUCUCGAUUGUCCUCGGCGCACAGGCUGGGCCCGACAAGGUGUCCAAAAUCAUUAGCAAGCUCAACGCGGCUUCUCUCUAA